AUGACUGGUGUACUGCUCGUACUGCCCAUGCCAUUAAUGAUGGAUCAUGCCUCUUGGAAGAGGCUGGAGGAGAUGUGGACGUUCAGAACCUUUCACCCACCCGUAAAAUUCAGAAGACGAAAAGCGAGGAGAAAGAGAUUCGCGCAACUAGCCCUGAACGCAUCGAUUGGUGGCGAUGCAAUCCUUGGAAAGGGGCAACCUGCGUACUAUACACCACUUCCAGAGGACAGGGAACAGAAAGGCUGGGUAGCUUCAGGUCAAGUCAUGCUCAACCUGAACUUUGGUUGA